AUGGCGUUGUUUGGGUUCUUGCCGAUUGCCGGAACAUCGCCUCUUCUUUUUCUAAUUUUCACUUUAUUCAAGACAGUAAAUGCAUUAGACUUUUGUGAUCAGAAUUAUUGGUGUAAGGAAGGGCAUUGUUGUGGAAAUGGUCGAUGUUGCAGUUAUUACUAUGAACUUUGGUGGUUUUGGUUAAUCUGGGUGCUAAUUGCUUUGAUGAGUUGUUGCUGCUUUUACCAACAACGUCGCAUGAGAAAGAGGAGGCGUCGCCAUUCAUCUUCCAGGAGGAGUAAUAACCGGACGAGUACCCCUCAUGCCCAGGCUUCCACCACUGCACCGCAAAGCUUUCUUAGACCGUUGUUUGAUCCAUCCAAAUUACUGACACUACCCACAUAUGAAGAAGUUCAGGAUAUGCCAAAGGAUCCCCCACCCUAUGACAUUUUAUAUGAAACCACCUUAGAAGAGUCAGCUCUAGGAGGGCCUUCUUCUUCUCUUCCUAAUCCUCAAGUUGGUGCUACCGUAGAAACUAUACAGGUGCAUGGUGAGAUCAAUGAAAUCGAUGACAGUCCAACAGCAUCAUUACUGAAUAAUGAAGAACAGGUGGCUGUGGAGAUGGAAAUGCCAUACCCAUCAAUGCUUCCCCCAUCCUACAUGACUGUUACGCAACAAGAUGAAGGAAUUGACAGCAGUGUCUCCAGUAGCCAACCUCAGGAGCUCCCAAAUGGUGAAGUCUUCUGUAGUAUGGAUAGUUUAAUCAAUGCUGAAAGUGAUCUGUCGGUGACCAUAUCAUGAUAAAAACUUUCAACCGUUGAUGAGUUUUAUAGUUCAGUAUUGUAAUUAUUGAACUUUUAAUUUCUAUCUCAAUGAAGCUACGGCACUGACUUUCUCAUUUUGAAAAUGUUGUGAAAUAAAAUUUUGUAAAGAAAGGUAAAAUUAAACAUGAACAUGAAAUGAAACAAUGUAAAUGUUGAUGAUUUGCUCUUUAAAAGCUGUCAUGGUUCAUGAUUUUAAUGUAUAAUGGAAAUGUUGGAUUUACUUGUAUGAUCCAAGGAAAAUGGUAUUUUAAUGAGGUUCUCAAGCCCCUCGAAGACAUGCGAGUACCAAAUAUCACAUCUAUUUUGCAAAUUAGAUAGAGGAUUUUGUACUUCAAUAAAAUGCCCUGUAUCUCCUUCAUCUUUAGUAGUUUAGAGCUAAAUAAGGUGUCAUUUUGUUAUGUUGGUGAUAUGUAUAUUCAGUAAAUUGAUAAAAAAUUCCUGUGUUUAGAAAAAUUUAGACUUUCGGAGAAUUCUGAAGUCCAAAACGUUUAGCCAGUUCUUGGUAAUAAUAUGUUAUCUAAUCUAUAAUUAUUUAUGUGUAUGUUUGUGAUUCUGUCGUAUUUCUUUUACAAAAUGUUCAAGCAUCUUGUCAACACCAUAAAAUUGGAAAUGUCAAAACGUUUGUGAAAUUCUGCACUAAUAUUGCUUUGUCACUAAAUCUUGGGACUGGGAAAGGCAGUGUUUGGAAAAAACCCAUUCAGUGUGACUGGAUGAGCAAAGUGGAAUUUGUUGAGGGAACUUCAUUACUCUGGGUAACUGUCUAGUCUUGGCUUUCUGUUUACCUUCCUAAAUGCACUGUGCUGGUACACGGGAAACUUUCUCUUCAUUAAACAACACAAAAGGUCAGAAAACUUAAUGUCAGCUAAAAUUUUCAAGGUUUAGUUAUUGAAAAACUUUAUCAAUAUCAAAGUACAGCAUAAUCUCAGUGAAUGUUGGAUACAUGAAUGCAACUUAUCUUCAUAAAGUUGUACAUUUUUCUUCUACUUUGUAUAUUUACCUCAGCAAAAACUUAGAAAGGUUUUGUUAUCAAUUUUUGUUGUUGUAGAUGAUAAAAAUAGACAAGCAUUUACUACAUGUAUCACUAUUGUUUCUAGAAAAAAAUAUGUGCAUGAUUAUUCAUAUUGAAUACAUAAUUCUUUUAUUAGUGUCAUUAUCAUAUUAUAUAAGUAUAAUUUUAUGCAAAUCACACACAGAUUUCAUAUGUUUAAUAUUAAUGCACUGGCACAUUAUUGUACUUUUGUGCAAGGUUUAAUUUCACAUGCUGUAUAUAUGAUUCAGAUUGCUUUGUUGAUGUUAGUUUAAAGAAAAUAUUUUUAUACUUCUAAAAGCACAUUUUUAAAUACCAAUUCAUAAGAAAGAAGUGUUUUAUCCUGUCAAUAUGAUUGGAUGAGUGGAGUGUGUCUGCUGUGGGAACUUAAUUUCUGCAUACUGUAAACUCGCCUCUGAGAUGUCUCAGGUUUUGGCAGAAAUAUAACCAUGUCCAUUUCAAGUCCUGGUGUACCCAAUGGUACCUCAGCCCCAUCAAUCUGUUGUUGAAGUCUGUUAAAUGAAGGUAUACUCUAAUAUGUAAUUUUAAGUGCUUCUGCCAGGAUUUGAAAAGGGCAGGGUAUUUCUUGCUCCUUUUUAGGGAGAAGGGCAGGGCACAUUUUGGGGGUAAGAGGACACAAUGUCAACCCCUUGGGUGGCAGCACCCUUCUAAAUAUGCCUGAGUUAAGGCAAAUGACAUCGAUCUGUUUCAUAUUGGGAAUGCCUCGGAGUAGAGUUUACAGUAUUAGGGAAGGGUUCAACUGUGUCCUGAAAACCUUACUGUUCAAAAUAAAAACUCCAUCAAACAAAAUUGAUGGAACAUUUUUUGUAUGUUGAGGGCAUUAAGAAGUUUGCAAUUUGAACAAGCUUGAUAAUUCUAAUUUUGAAGUAUCAGGUCAAAUGAUAGUUCUUGUCAGUUGUGUAUGUCAGUGUGUCUGUCCCUAUUUAAAGCUUUUAAAGUUGUUUGUAAUGUUAUCUGUGCAUAAAGUUGCGCUGUCAAAUAAAAAGAAAUAUUUAAGAGUUUUGUUGCCCCUAGGCUAAAGUUGUAUUGUAGGUUGUGCCACAAUUUUGCUGUUGUCAUGUUAUUUCAUUAUUGAGUGCUUUUGGUGUGUUGGUCAUAUCCCCCAAUGUUGGUCCUGGAAACCUCAAACGUUGCCUUUCCUUAGUGUUUUGUCCACUGCUAUUUGACACAGAAUAUGCAGUUAUACUGCUCUUUUCAGUCUAUGUUUUUUAUGAAAUAUUGCAUCCAUGGACGCUUUCACUCGAAGUUAUGUUCACUCCUGCUUGGUUGUGGACGAGGGAUAAUGUGUGUAUCUAAUGGAAGAUCAAAAUGUUCAUUUAAAACAAAUACAUGUAAUCCCAAGGGCUUAGCUUCAGCCUCAUUUGGGAGGAUAUAUAGUCUGUUUCUUCUGGUCCCACAACAUCUUUCAGGAUCAAGAUGUUUUGGUUCCUUUGGCACGGCUUGUGUUUGAGACACUACUCUCAUUAUGCAGAUCUUCUGACACACAUUGAAUUUUGUUCUAUCUUAGUAUAACAAAAAGCAAGAAUAUGUAUAAACUUUUCAUAAU